AUGUUUACUAUUACUAGUAGAGAUGAACUAGGCGAGAUUCUUUUCCAACGAAUCUCAACCCUCGAGCCAGAGCUGGCAGAGGUGCUGACAAGUAUAAUCCUGGAUAUGAAAGACGAAGAUGUCAUUCCGCUUGUUGGCGAUGAUGACGCUCUGCAAGCACAAGUCCAGCGCUUAUUGGACGAUUUUGAUCGAAAUUUAAUGGCAGUCGACGAUGUAGUCAACUGGGACGACGAACCGACCGAACGAAUCCAACGGAUCUUCACUCCUUCCAGCAGCUCAGACCGGACAAGGUGGAGCCCUUCCGCUGAAUCCACCAUCCAGAGAGCCGCAGUAAUCGCAGACUCAGAGGACAUCGAGGAUCACAGCCAAGCUUCUGGCGUCGAAACUUCUGCGACGUUCUUGCCCACAAUAGAGAACCAGGAUCCCCAAGUGACGGAUGAUUAUGCGCACAGGCACGGGCCGACAGAGUCUACUCGCGUCCCUGCCAAUUCAGAGGCCACGAAGGAGGUAGCGGGCGAGAACUCCAGGAGCCAGUACGAAGCUACAGAAUUCGUCGAGACCAUUCGAAGGCCGGCCGAGCUGGACACCAUGAAGGAAUCCGUGGCGGCUUCCACGGCUCCCCAGACGCAAGAAACCCGCGUAGGGACCGCCCAAGACUACAGGUCCCACAGCCCGUUGACAUCCACAUCGACCGCCUCUUAUGUUCUGGGAGCAGAGCGCGAGACUGCUGCCCCUGCCAGUCCUGCACCCAAGAAGAAAGCCGGCAAAAAGGCAGCCAAGAUACCCCGAGCACCAGAGCACGUCGCCGCCGACCACAGCCACCCUCUGGUGGAGACAGGGGCGCCUGCCAGCAUGCCGCUCAUGGAGGCAGUCCGUCAGCCCGAGCCGCCGCUGCGCGCCCAAGAUCUGACGCAGACGGCCUGGCGGCCUGCGCGGAGGACAACACGACCUGGAGAUACCGGCGCACGAGCCCAGGAACUGGAUGAUGGUUUUGCAGAUGGCACGGUUAUUGGUACGCUGAUGAAACGAGAUCACGCACCAGAGGGCAAACGGUUGAUCUGA